AGACAGGCAAAAGUUACGCGAGCGUGGUCCAAACUUCAGCUUCACGAAGGACGUAUAUUACUCAUUUUUUCAAUAUUGCUUUUUUGUACAGUUUUUCGAUACAACUGGGCAGUAAAGGCUGUUGUAUUUUUGCAUGAAGAUGACCAAGUUUGUCUAUAGAUAGUACAACAUGCAAAUUGUCUUUGUCGUGCUAAAUAUCGUCCUGUUCGUGUCUUCGCUAAAGCGGUGACAAACGAAACAAUAAAAACAGCUUCGCGAGACGGUGUACGAGGUUAAAAAGGUGCAAGUAAGAGCCAACAACCACAACUACCCACACUUCACCGCAACCUACACGCGAAACAAGGCCACCCGGGCCUACAUGCAGAGUCCCGGGGCCGGGGAACACAUGCAAUACACCACGUUCGGUCAGGGCACGUGGAAGAAAAAAUAGUGACCUCGGCUAUUGGAUGAAAUGUACCAAAUUAAAACAGUAAUUGUGUGGCGGAUUUUAUGCUUAUAUUGAUUGAACUUGUUCCGUUGCUGUUGGCCGCGUCUAUUGGCUUGUUGUAGGAUCAUUGUCAUCUUUAUGCUAGUACAAAAGUAAGUUGUUACGCCGGUUUGAACAUAGCAGGAGAGGCAGGUUCAUCACUUUUCUACCAUGAGUCGUGCGUGGAAAUGUUGACCGUUCAACACCGUUUGUACCAGCGCAGAAUCUCUAGCUUGUUGAUUGGAAGAACCGUUGUCAGAACAACUUGAUUGGGCGAUUUUUAAUAAUAUUAUGUCGCACAGCGGAGCGGAGUCCGACUGCUCUGUUAUACCCUCUGUGCUAGGCUGCAGCGCCGCGUUUGUAUGAUUAGCUGCUGACAUUGAAAACCUCUAUGUGCAAGAACAGGACUUGGAGCUUGAUCGGA